GGGCCUUCUGGUAGUAAACACCGCUGACAUACUGUCUGCAAAAAAGAGUAAAUCGUUUUGUUUUCGCUUUAACUUUUUAUGGCCAACUAUAUAACCCACCGUGCAACUUCAUUUACAACCUUGAAUUAAUCAACUCAUAACUAAAGCUUUUUAUUUUACGACGUUGCUACAAACUCAUGGCCGUUAACGUUAGUCUACCAAGCUGUCGUCGUGACUUUCCUUCCACCUGCUGCGACGAGAAUGGACGUCAAGGAGACGAUGGCGGCGUUCAAACCAUUUGACGUCAGAAAGCAAGCAGACAUACUCGGGGAAGCAGAGCUGCCUCAAGCUUCCGUUUUGGUCCCUCUGUUUGUGAGGAGCGGGAAGCUACAUACUCUCAUGACCCAGCGGUCAGAACAGCUGAGGGUGAGUGCAGGCGAGGUGUGUUUCCCAGGCGGCAAGCGAGACUCCAGUGACAAAGACGUGGUGCACACGGCCUUGAGAGAGGCUCACGAGGAGAUCGGUCUUCCACCGGGUGAUGUCCACGUCAUCUGCACACUCCAGCCCUUUAUCACAAAGAAUUCUCUUUUGGUGACUCCGGUGGUGGGUUUCAUCCCGGAAUCAUUUCUCGCCUGUCCCAACACGGCAGAGGUGAGUGCCGUUUUUACGGUGCCAUUGGACUUUUUCAUCAGAUCAGUCGCUGCCGCCAAGGCCACAUCGCUUUCCUUUGACUUUGUGGAGCCCCGCACGGAAGUUAGGUAUCACAUCUGGGGUCUGACUGCCAUGGUGGCCUUCAUUGUCGCCACCAUCGCGCUCACAUCAAAAGCAGAGGGUCAUGCAACUUUUGACAUAGAGGACUUGAUGUGCAGGCUCAGGCAGAGGUUACAACAAAUGAGGACACCAAGUAAACUGUGACUCAUUUGAUUAUUUCAAUUAAUGAUUGGGAUGUGUACAGGACAACUGGGCUUAAUUUUUACUGUAUAAAUGUAUAAUUCUAUUGUAUUUUCGAGUGAAAAGGACAAAGUGGUAAUGUUUAAAGCUGUGAUUUUCUGAAAGAAAAAAGUACAUUGAUGAAGCUCUAAGGGAAGAAGCAAUAUUUUCCAAAUAGUUUUAGUAAUUAUGAGAAUUUAUUUCCUAUUGCUACAUUUUUCUCAGAUUAUGAGUCCCAUUUUAUAAAUUAUUUUUAUAAAAAAUGGGCCAAAUGCUUCUUUGCUGCAGUGUAUUUUUUAUGUAAUACUUUUAAAAAAAUAUUUAAAUAUGACUUACAGUUCUGGUUAAAAAAAAAAAAACUUGACCUUUUUGCUAUUUUGUCUAUUUUCCCCCAAAUAAAUUAAUCCGAACAUUUGUAUUUCAUUCUAAUAGCAUAAUAGCUUGUCAUUUUUGAAGAUUAAAACAAUGAAUUCAACCAAGACAAUAUGCCUACCUUGAACAUUGAGAGAUAAGAUUGCCAGGUGGAGAGUAGAUUGCCAUGACCUGGAUGCUUUGGAAUCUACACAGUACACAUGAAAACACAUCUCUUAGGAAGCGCAAAUAUUUUUAAUCGCUACUGUGGUAGUUAACACUCACAUCGGCAAUUAUGCUAUAAGGCUAACAAUUAUGAAUUUGGGAUAUGUUUAUUUUUCCAAAAAUGUGUGAUUGACAACAAAAAGACCUCUGGAUUUGUUAUUCAUUUUUUAUUUAAUUUAAUGUAGCAGCAGGAUUACAGAGACAAACUGAAGAGAGUAUACAAAUGUCCAGACCAAGGCCAAAUACAUAAUAAUUCAGAUGAAUGAUAACACACUGGGGUGCUUGACCAUUAUCCCUUAAUGCAGGGCUGUAAGGCUAAAUAUAUAUACUACGCACACACACGCACACACAAAAACAAACACGCACACAACUGAGAGAGAGUGAGAAAGCAAACAGAGGGUAAGCUCCUUUUGACUACAACAGGACGACAUACGGCUCACGCUAUUGGCAAUGAACAGUAACCAUUUUUUUUUUUUUUGCAUUUCACAGCGACAGUAAAUGCAGUGAAAGCGCGGCAGCACAAAAACACCCUUGCAAGGAAACAAUUGCCAUUAUUCUGUCCCUUUUUUUAAACCUCAAUUCAAUCUCAUGAGGCACCCAAAAUAGAAUAUCAUGCAAUGGUUGUUAAAAAAAACAUUAGCAGUAAAACAAACAGUGUGGGCUGUAAAAAUACAAAAGUGGGGAGUAUAGCGAGUAAACAGCAGAGACAACCUUUUCUUUUUUUUUUUUUUCAGUCAAGGCACACAAAGUUCUGUUGAAAGCGCCACCGUUGAAAUUCAACAUACCCCUGCAGUAUAUUUCACAUUUAAAUAUACACGGAUAUUCAUUCACACAACAGUGAAAGACAGAAGUGUGUGUAAAAGGUUUUGUGUGCUUUCACCCCCCUGCUUCAGUUGAGUGUUUUUCUUCUUCUUCAGGACCGACAAUGAUGAGAAAAAAACAAAACGGACAAAUGUACACAUUAGCCACAAAACGUUCUCCGCAAAUUGGUCUGAUGUGCACAGAGCAUGAGGUAAAACAAUUACAUUCAUGAAACCGAAGCUCACUCACUUUCUUCUUCUAGUAUGGCUUUAAGCAUACUUUUCUCACAUGUGCUCUUGAGUUCCCGCUAUAAUCAAGAGGAAUGGAAUGCUUGAAAACGUCACUGACUAGUGUACGCUAACCUGGCCUACAGUUUACUGGAUAAGU